AUGGUCGCACUCGAAGAGGUAGAGGGCAGCCUCCUUCAGAAGCCAUCCGAUGCGGCUCACCGAGUCCCUUCCCGAGUCCCCUCCGCGUACAAGCCCAUGCAAUCCUUCGCUCUCGACAAGCAGAAAUCCUACCAGCAACAAUAUGGCGACAUGUACUUCUUGCGCCUCACAAAGAUCAAGCCCGCUGUUGAUCAAGUCGCCGAGGCUGCAUGGAGUGGUACAUCUAUCGGUGGCGAGACGGCUCAGCGAGUUGAGAGGGUGCUCGAUGUCCGCCAGGGAGAGCUCUGCUGGGUGACGGGCACCGUGUAUAUGGAGAUGCCCCUGAAGCCUAAUAUUCUCGAGGAUGUGUCCAAAGAUCGCUGGAUCUCUGCCCCAAUCUCGACGCCCAAAUACUUCUCCGACGACGACCAGGUCAUGCUGGAGGACGAGUCAGGUCGCAUCAGGCUAGUUGGAGACUUGCUCAAGUCACUACACCUCGUGACGGGUUGCAUCAUCGGUGUUAUGGGCACCGAAAACUCCAAUGGCGAGCUCGAGGUCAUCGACGUCAAGUUCCCGGAUCUAGCUCCUCAGCCAGAGCGCUGGAGCCUUACCAACGGAACCGGCAAGAAGGCCAAGGGCGAGGAUGAGGAAAUGGCCGACGCCCCUGAAGGGAAGAAGGGCAACAAUAAAGUCGCCAUCGUGUCUGGCUUGUCCUUUUCUGGUACCGAUGCUUCUUACGCCCUCGAGCUCGACUUGCUCCUCGAGUACUUGCUCGGAGAGGCACUCAGUCCUUCCAGUCAGGCCGACGUCUCGCAUAUCAGCCGCCUCAUCAUCGCCGGAAACUCCAUCUCAACAACAGACCAAAAACCCCAGGCCGCAGAGGAAGCCCAACCAGAGAAGAAAGCCCACAAAAAGUACGGCUACGACUCCAGCGCCUACAAUGCGCUCCCCUCUCAGCUCUUCGACGCUUUCCUUGCUGAACUCCUCCCUUCUAUCCCUGUGACGAUGCUCCCUGGCGACCAAGACCCUGCCAAUGCCAGCUACCCACAACAGCCUGUUCACUCAGCCAUGUUCCCCAACUCACGGGUCUAUGCCCGUGAUCCAUCUUCCCCAACGAAGCCAGGGUGGUUUGAUACGGUGACGAAUCCCUGGGAGGCUGAGGUCGAGGGAUGGCGUUUCCUAGGUACUGGCGGUCAGAACGUUGAUGAUGUUUUCAAGUACGUCGGCAGUGAUGAUCGCCUGGGCAUGAUGGAGGCAAUGUGUCGAUGGCGAUGCUGUGCCCCCACUGCCCCUGACACACUCUGGAGCUAUCCUUUCCAAGAAGACGACCCAUUUGUCAUGAAGACGUGCCCACACCUGUACUUUGCCGGAUGCCAGCCCCAGUUCUCAACCAAGGUGGCGCACGGCCCUGACGGCCAGUCCGUAAGACUCAUCACUGUGCCAUCAUUUUCGACGACAAAGGAGAUCGUGUUAGUGGACACGGAGACACUUGAGGUGGAGAGAGUCAAGAUAUCAGCCAAGUAA